UUUCAGUCUAAUCUCUGGGGUUUAUUAAAAGGCUCCACCUUUGACACCUUUGCGAAAGCAAAUAAAACGACAACUUCUUUAUAAAUUUACUGUAAUGUUUGCAGGCUUCAGGUCCAAGUGAAAGCUUCGCUUCUCUUAGCUCAUAAUUUUCUCUCUCUGGUUUCUUCACAGGCAAUAUUAUGAGAAGGUACAGUCCACCAUAUUAUAGUCCUCCAAGGAGAGGAUAUGGAGGCCGAGUAAGAAGCCCACCAAGGAGAGGAUAUGGAGGUGGUGGGAGGUAUGGGAGACGCAAGGACCAGAAUCAUGGAAGCCUACUGGUUCGAAACAUACCACUUGAUUGCAGACCAGAAGAACUUAGAGUUCCAUUUGAGAGAUUUGGAGUUGUAAGGGACGUGUAUAUUCCAAAGGACUAUUACACAGGGGAACCUCGUGGCUUUGCAUUUGUGCAGUUUGUGGAUCCAUAUGAUGCCAUGGAAGCUCAGCAUCGCAUGAAUGGACAAAUUGUUGCUGGGAGAGAAAUAUCAGUGGUGGUAGCAGCGGAGACGAGGAAAAGGCCUCAGGAUAUGCGGCAAAGAGCCAGGGUUAGAGGACCAUCAGGCUAUGGUGGACGAUCAUCUUAUUAUGGACGUUCUCGGUCUCGAUCACUAUCCCGAUCACGCUCCCCUCAUCAUCAUUUAGGUUCUAGGUCUCGGUAUCGCUCAAGAUCAUAUUCUCCUGCCUCAAGGCGGCCGGACUACUCUGCUUCCUCCGGUAGAAGGCAUACAGACCAUCUAAGGUCUCCUGGGAGUCCUCCACCUGAGCGAGAUGCUGAUCACAUUCACAGGUCUUACUCUCCUGGAUAUGGUGUGGAUGAAAAUGGCCAUGGUUAUGGCGAGAAACCUCCAUAUGAUUCUGAGGAAGCAAGAGCUUGGAGGCCAUCACCUGGUAGAGCUUCAAGGUCACUCUCUGGAUCUAGAUCUAGAUCAGCUGACUUGUCACCCAGGCGCAGCAGAUGAGGAAGGAUUGAUCCGGAGGCUGUUAUUUGGCUGCCAAUUUCUAUGUAGCAGAUUUUAACAUGGCAGAGCCAUACCUGUGCUCUUGUGCUGAAUCAUGAGGAGGAAGAGAUAUGUGUUCAAUUUUCUGAAUCCCAAAUGCUUGUUUUUGGAGACUUCCAUCAGAUAUUACUUUCUAGUCUAAACAGUGAGAGAACCCUUUCUCUAUGUGAAAUGCUAGUCUGAUUUGGCACUAAUGUCAAUGGAAGGUAAAUUAUUAGAUGCA